AUAUCCACAUGUUUAAAGGCACGAGUAUAAAAUGAAUACAAUCGUGGUGAAGUGUUCGCAGUCGACACAAUUAUUUUUCACGACUUGAACGCAUCAAAAAUAUCUACAAAAUGGAAAAAAUUGUUUUAAUUAUUGGUAUUAUAUCAAUACUUCCAAGUGUAUUCGCUGUAGAUUUUAACGUAACAAAACGCGAGAAAUUCCCAUAUCAAGCAUCCAUACGCCGUGAUGGAAUUCACCUCUGCGGAGGAACAAUUUAUAGCAAACGACAUGUUUUGACAGCGGCAUCAUGUGUCAACAACACGAAAGCCACCGACUGGCAAGUGAUCACCGGAACGCUUAAUUUGGAAAAAGUGAAUGGUAACGAAUCACAAAUUAUCAAGGUGGAGAAAAUGUGGGUGCAUAAAAACUACAGCGGCAAAAAUGUACAGAAUAAUAUUGCUGUGUUAUAUCUAUCGAGCAAUUUGCAAUUUAAUAAUUACACUCAAAGUAUACCGAUUGCAAGGAAAUGGGUCGCGAAAGACGCGCAGAAAUGUAUCGUCAGUGGCUGGGGUGCUAAUGGGACACACUUUUAUAGACAGACAGAUCUACAUCAUGCUAAUGUUACAAUUGCCACUAAAGAAAUGGACUGCAAGAGAACUUAUCCACCGUUUCUUCAGGAUGUUAUGAUGUGCGCCGGUGAUGAUUACUUAGUUAAUCCCUGCACGGGCGACCUUGGAGGACCUCUAGUAUGCAAUAAUUCAUUGUACGGUGUGGUCACGUGGAGAAGCAAGUGUGAAACCAGAUAUGAACCGGGAAUGUACACGAAUAUUACCUACUUUGCUGAUUGGAUAACGAAAACGACGAAAACCAAUAGUGCCACUUCGAUGACUUCAGCUGUGAUGUUUACCGUUUGUGCUGCGUUGUUCAGCAUAUUAAAAAAUUAAUGUGUGUUAGGUAUUUGUUAAUUAUAUACGUCUGAAUUAUUAUCUAUGUUAUAUGGCAUAUUAUUGUAUUUUUCCAAUAAAUUUUUAUAGAUAUGUUAA